AUGGGACACUUUGGCGUGGACAAGACACUUGCAGUGGUGGUUGAUCACUUCUAUUGGCCACACCUCAAGAAGGUCCGAGCCUUGGAGACAUGGCAACACUACCUUCGGUCUAAGGAGUUCAUCAUUCACACUGAUCAUGAAACUCUGAAGCACUUGAGAGGCCAGACGUCGCUCAAGAGGAGGCAUGCUAAGUGGCUGGAGUUCAUUGAGACCUUCCCUUAUGUGAUCAAGUACAAGAAGGGAAAGGAGAACGUUGUAGCUGAUGCCUUAUCCAGGAGACAUGUGCUGAUUGCUACCAUGGAGGCUAAGGUGCUCGGGUUUGAGCACAUCAAGGAGCUAUACAAGGAGGAUCCGGAGCUUGGAGAAGCUUACCAGGCGUGUACAAAGGGAGCAUUUGGUCCUUUUUACUUACAUGAUGGUUUUCUUUUCAGGGAUAAGCGCUUGUGCAUUCCUCAAGGCUCAAUGAGGGAGCUUAUACUGAAAGAAGCUCACGGAGGUGGCCUCAUGGGACACUUUGGCGUGGACAAGACACUUGCAGUGGUGGUUGAUCACUUCUAUUGGCCACACCUCAAGAAGGAUGUGGAGAGACAUUGCUCUCGCUGUGUUGUUUGCCAUAAAGCCAAGUCCAGCUUACAUCCUCAUGGUCUUUACUUACCCAUGCCUAUUCCUAACGCACCUUGGGUGGAUAUUUCUAUGGAUUUCGUGUUAGCUUUGCCUAAGAUCAGAAACAAAGACUCGAUCUUUGUUGUUGUGGAUCGCUUUUCCAAGAUGGCUCACUUCAUACCAUGUGAUAAGCAAACGAUGCUACUCAAACUGCUGAUCUGUUCUUCAAGGAAGUCGUGCGUUUACAUGGAGUGCCAAGGACUAUUGUCUCUGAUCGAGAUACUAAGUUCUUAA